ACAGCAGAUUCGAACCUGUAACCCUAGCAAGGGUCCCACCACAGCGCUCUACCCCCUCCGCUAGGGGGGAAUUCUAGGCGGGACAUUUGCUCCGUGCCGGACUAUACCCGCCCCUGGGAGCUGCACGGCAGGAGGAGGGGUUUCCGCUUCUGGACACGUCGGUGCGGGUGGGUCACGUGGUGCUCUCCCUUUCCGGCCCAGCAGGCUGCCUGGCUGGGCGUACGGAGUCGUCCGCCGCCGCCGCCCUGUGAGGAGAAGCUGCUGCCCCCACCGCCAUCAUGCCGGUGUAUUUCCAGCGGCCCGAGAAUGCCCUGAAGCGGGCGAACGAAUUUCUUGAGGUUGGCAAGAAACAACCUGCCCUCGAUGUUCUUUAUGAUGUUAUGAAAAGCAAAAAACAUCGAACAUGGCAAAAAAUCCACGAGCCAAUUAUGCUGAAGUAUCUGGAGCUCUGCGUGGACCUCCGCAAGAGCCACCUGGCAAAAGAAGGAUUGUAUCAGUACAAGAACAUUUGCCAGCAGGUGAACAUCAAAUCCUUGGAGGAUGUUGUUCGAGCCUAUUUGAAACUAGCUGAAGAAAAAACUGAAGCUGCCAAGGAAGAGUCCCAGCAGAUGGUGCUAGACAUAGAAGACUUGGAUAAUAUUCAAACUCCAGAGAGUGUUCUCUUAAGUGCUGUAAGUGGGGAAGACACUCAAGAUCGCACAGAUCGGCUGCUUUUAACUCCCUGGGUUAAAUUUCUAUGGGAGUCAUACAGACAGUGUUUGGACCUUCUUCGAAACAAUUCUAGGGUGGAACGCCUCUACCAUGAUAUUGCACAGCAAGCUUUUAAGUUCUGCUUGCAGUACACUCGUAAGGCUGAGUUCCGUAAACUCUGCGAUAACCUGAGGAUGCAUUUAGGGCAGAUCCAACGCCACCAUAACCAAAGUACAGCAAUUAACCUCAGUAAUCCUGAGAGCCAGUCUAUGCACUUGGAGACAAGGCUUGUACAGCUGGACAGUGCUAUUAGCAUGGAAUUGUGGCAGGAAGCUUUCAAAGCAGUGGAGGAUAUUCAUGGGCUAUUCUCCUUGUCUAAGAAACCACCCAAACCCCAGCUGAUGGCAAAUUACUAUCACAAAGUUUCCACUGUCUUCUGGAAAUCAGGAAAUGCUCUUUUCCAUGCAUCCACACUUCACCGACUGUACCACCUGUCAAGAGAAAUGCGAAAGAAUCUCACACAAGAGGAGAUGCAGAGGAUGUCAACCCGAGUCCUUUUGGCUACUCUGUCAAUUCCUAUAACUCCUGAGCGAACUGAUAUUGCUCGUCUUCUGGAUAUGGAUGGUAUCAUCGUUGAAAAGCAGCGACGUCUGGCCACGCUACUGGGCCUCCAGGCCCCACCUACACGUAUCAGUCUUAUUAAUGACAUGGUCAGGUUUAAUGUAGUGCAGCAUGUUGUUCCGGAGGUAAAGGAACUUUACAAUUGGCUUGAAGUAGAUUUCCACCCACUAAAGCUAUGUGAUCGUGUAACCAAGGUUCUAAACUGGGUGAGAGAUCAAGUUGAAAAGGAACCUGAAUUGCAGCUGUAUGUCCCACAUCUGCAAAACAACACCAUCCUUCGUCUUCUGCAGCAGGUGGCGCAGAUUUAUCAGACCAUCGACUUUUCUCGUUUAACUACCUUGGUUCCUUUUGUUGAUGCUUUCCAAUUAGAGCGUGCUAUUGUCGAUGCAGCCAGACAUUGUGACUUGCAAGUUCGCCUUGAUCAUACUUCUCGAACGCUGAGCUUCGGAUCAGAUUUAAAUUAUUCAACUCGGGAAGAUGCACCGCUUGGCCCUCAGCUGCAAAGUAUGCCUUCUGAGCAAAUAAGAAAUCAGCUGACUGCUAUGUCCUCUGCUCUUGCUAAGGCUCUUGAAGUGAUUAAACCACCAAACAUAGUGCAAGAGAAGGAAGAACAACAUCAGUUGGCUGUCACUGCUUACUUAAAAAAUUCAAGGAAAGAGCAUCAGCGUAUCCUUGCUCGUCGUCAAACAAUAGAGGAGAGAAAGGAGCGUCUUGAAAGUCUAAACAUUCAGCGUGAGAAAGAAGAGUUGGAACAGCGUGAAGCCGAACUUCAAAAAGUUCGUAAAGCUGAAGAAGAGAGACUGCGCCAGGAGGCAAAAGAGAGAGAGAAGGAGCGUAUUCUGCAAGAACAUGAGCAAAUCAAAAAAAAAACUGUUCGUGAACGUUUGGAGCAGAUUAAGAAGACUGAACUGGGAGCCAAGGCAUUCAAAGAUAUUGAUAUUGAGGAUCUUGAAGAAUUGGACCCUGACUUCAUCAUGGCUAAACAGGUUGAACAGCUGGAGAAGGAAAAGAAGGAACUCCAAGAACGUCUGAAGAAUCAGGAAAAGAAGAUUGACUAUUUUGAAAGAGCAAAGCGCUUGGAAGAAAUUCCUCUGAUAAAGACUGCUUAUGAGGAACAAAGAAUCCGAGACAUGGACCUGUGGGAACAGCAAGAAGAAGAAAGGAUCACCACAAUGCAGCUGGAACGCGAAAAAGCGUUGGAGCAUAAGAACAGGAUGUCAAGGAUGUUGGAGGAUAAAGACUUAUUUGUAUCUAGGCUCAUGGCAGCACGACAAUCAGUUUAUCAGGAAAAACUCAAACAGUUCGAAGAAAGGUUAGCAGAAGAAAGACAUAAUCGUUUGGAGGAACGCAAGAGACAACGCAAAGAGGAGAGGCGUAUUUCUUAUUACAGAGAAAAGGAGGAGGAAGAGCAGAGAUUGCAAGAAGAAAAAAUGCUUAAAGAGCUUGAGGAGAAGGAACGUAUUGAGCGUGAAAAACGUGAGCAGGAACAGCGGGAAUACCAGGAGCGUGUCAGAAAACUAGAAGAAGUAGAGAGGAAAAAACGUCAAAGAGAGCUGGAAAUUGAAGAGAGGGAGCGACGCAGAGAAGAGGAGAGGAGGGGUCUUGAUGACCCACUUUCAAGAAGGGAAUCACGUUGGGGUGACAGAGAUUCUGACAGCACCUGGAGACGAACCGCUGAACCAGAAUCAGAAUGGAGACGAGCACCACCAGAGAGGGAAUGGCGCCGUGGAGAAGGGCGUGAUGAUGAAAGACCUUUCCGAAGAGGAGAUGAUCUACUUAGACGUGGUGGUGCUGAAGAGAAAGAGCCUUCUUCCCGGGAAGCAAAUGAAGACAGAGCCCCCAAGCGGGAUGUGGACAAGGACGGGGAACCCAGGCGGGACGAGGACGGGGAACCCAAGCGGGGCGUGAACGGGGAACCCAGACGGGGUGUGGACGAGGACGGGGAACCCAGGCAGGAGGAGGACAGGGAACCCAGGCAGGGUGUGGAUCAGGACAGAGGGAGUUGGCGCACUGCAGAUGAGGACAGGGGGCCCAGGCGCGGGCUGGAUGAGGACAGGGGGCCCAGGCGCGGGCUGGAUGAGGACAGGGGGCCCAGGCGCGGGCUGGAUGAGGACAGGGGGCCCAGGCGCGGGCUGGAUGAGGACAGGGGGAGUUGGCGCACUGCGGAUGAGGACAGGGGGCCCAGGCGCGGGCUGGAUGAGGACAGGGGGCCCAGGCGUGGGCUGGAUGAGGACAGGGGAAGUUGGCGCACUGCAGAUGACAGGGGACCCAGGCGGGGCCUGGAUGACGACAGGGGACCCAGGCGGGGCCUGGAUGACGACAGGGGACCCAGGCGGGGCCUGGAUGACGACAGGGGGAGUUGGCGCAUUGCAGAUGACGACAGGGGGCCGAGGCGGGGCCUGGAUGACGACAGGGGGCCGAGGCGGGGCCUGGAUGACGACAGAAUUUCCAGACGAGAUGAGGACAGAGGCCCCUGGCGUAGUGCAGAUGAGGAUCGACUCUCAAGACGUGAUGAUGACAGGGGUCCAUGGCGUGGUGGGGAUGAUGACAGAGGGCCCAGGCGUGGUGAUGAUUCAAGACCUGGUCCUUGGAGACCAUUUGGUAAACCAGGCGGAUGGAGAGAACGAGAGAAAGCUCGUGAAGACAGCUGGGGACCCCCGCGAGACUCCAGACCUUCAGAAGACCGUGAAUUGGAUAGAGAUAAAGAUUGUGAUGAGAACGAAAAGGAUCGUGAGAUUGACAAAGAACGUGACCUUGAUCGGGAUGAUCGCUUCAGACGUCCAAGGGAUGAGGCUCCCUGGAGAAGAGGACCAGCUGAGGAAGCUUCCAGCUGGAGAGAUUCAAGUCGUCGAGAUGAAUGGGACAGAGGUGGUCGUGACAUGAGAGAUCGGCGUGGUGAUGAUAGAGAUAGAAGAGGACUUCCGAUCCGAACAGACCGUGAAGAAACGAGUUCAUGGCGGCGUGGUGAUGAGAGAAAAGAAGAACGUGGGGAAGAACAUGAAACUACCCGGCGAGCUGCUCCAGCUCCUACUCCUGUUCCUGCUGCUGCUCCUCCUCCUCCUAUUUCAAAAGAUAGGGAGAGAGAUGCAGAGAGCGAGAAGGGGUCCUGGAGAACUGAAAAAGAACGAGAAUCUCUUCGUCGCACUAAAAAUGAAACAGAUGAAGAUGGAUGGACCACUGUACGACGUUAAGUCAAAACCUAAACACAGUUUAACAGGUGUUUUAGAGUUGAUUUGAUCAAAUCCACAGAUUAUUAUAUUUGUGCUUAUAAACAUUCGGAAUUGGUAUUCUUUGACAAAUGUUUUGAGAACAUGAAAGCAUGAGCCUGUAUUACUUACUCAUAUAUAGAUUGAUCAUGCACAAAACUAGCAGCAGAAGGUUGGAAAUUGAAUGCCGGUUUCUGAAAUUACAAAUGUUGCAUAUUUCACAGAUCACUUGUUGCUAAAAUAGAAAUGUGAACUUUAUAGCUAUCUUGAGCAACACUUAUAUCUCAAACUAAAACUGACCUUUUUAAAAAAUUCUGAAUUUGGAAUGGGGUAUGAUUUAUCACAGAACAUGCAGUUGAAAAAUCUCACAUAAAAUGGUCACAUUAUUGAAAAGAUGGAGCUGGAUUAAUAUCCAUAAUUGGCCAAGAUGAACUAUAAAAAAAAAAAAACAACCCUCCCCUACUGAGGUAUUUUUGAGGGCAAGAGGUUUUUGUGAGGUAUUUUAGCAUCAUCUGAAUUCAGUAAGUUGUUUAAAUUUAAAUUACAAUAAACAUUCUGAACAUUAGCUACACUGGGAUAUUUUCUAUGAUUUUACUUGAAUGCAUAUGAAACCAUUUUGCAGUCAUUCUAAUAAGGAAUAUUGCUGCAGUGUGAAACAAAACAUCAUUAGACUUUUAAAACUCAAGCGUUAUGGUCAACAUACUGCUGAGUAUUUUGUUUUGCCAAUAGCAUAACUGCUUUUUCCAUUACUGGAUAAUUCAUGCCUUUCAAGCAUUUAUAAAUAUUGUCAUAUUUAAAAUGUGUGGUUUUGGAGGAAUUCAGAUUUUUUUUCCCCAACUUUGUCUUCAGGGUAAAUGCUUUCCUUUUCAACAAGUGCUUUGUAGUAAUGGCUGUGUUGACUGACUUCAAUUUUGGGGUGCAGUAACAAUGUUAAUCAUUAACUAUCUGGUCUUAUUGAACCCAACACAGAACUUGCUGCUGUGUUUCUCUUCAAUGAAAAAUAAACUUAUAGAAUUAG